AUGGAUUAUCAGGUUUUUGGUAUUGAUUUGAAUGAUCAAGAUGAUAUUAAUGAUUCAAGUGACGAAGAGAAUUUAUAUGAUACCAAUAGGUUCGAUCCAAACGAACCAUUUAGUUUUAUUGUCGAAAAUCAAAUACAAACCGAGUUUUUAGAAUUUUUUGAUUCAGACAAUGAAAAUGAUUCAGAAACAAAUUUUAAUAAAAAAAUUGACAACAUAUAA